CUUUUUUGCAGCAAGUCAAUAAGUAAAUUAGGACCAGUACCAGCUGUCACCCAAGUCCAGAAUCUGUGCUGCCUAACUUCCCUCAGUAACCUCGGUCUCAGAGACACAAUUUGUGAAGGACUCAUGCUGAUGAGAGGACUCAAAAGAAAUCACAGUGGUACCUAUCAUCCAAUCAUUCUCCAUCCUGUUAGGAUUUCAGAAAUGCAUGUUGUGAGUAGCACAAGUGAUGGGCUAGUAAUAGGAGCUGCCUGCUGCUUGGCCCAGCUCAGAGACAUCCUAAUGAAGGCAGUCACAGAACUUCCAGCAGAAAAAACAAAAACAUACCGAGCUCUCUUGCAGCACCUGAGAACUCUAGCUGGAGAACAGAUCAGGAGCAUGGCGUCUUUAGGAGGACACAUUGUAAGCAGAGGAUCAUCCUGGGACUUGAAUCCAAUCUUAUCAGUUGGCAAAUCUGUCCUCAACUUGGCAUCAGAAGAUGGUGAAAGACAGAUUCUUUUAAAUGAUCGUUUCCUUGCUGGCUGUGAGCCUGCAGACAUAAAUGCCAAGGAGGUCAUUGUUUCUGUUCUCAUUCCAUACUCUAUGAAGGAUGACUUUAUUUCAGCCUUCAGGCAGGCUGAAAGACAGAAAAAUGCUUUGUCCAUAGUGAAUUCUGGAAUGCGAGUGCUCUUCCGUCCAGCCACAGACACCAUUGUAGAUCUGAGUAUUUUAUUUGGAGGCAUUGGCUCAACCACACUCAGUGCAAGAAAGUCCUGUGAGAAGCUUAUAGGAAGGCAAUGGAAUGAUCAGAUGCUGAAUGAAGCUUGCAAACUGGUGCUAGAGGAAAUUGUUCUCCCUCCAUCAGCUUCAGGUGGAAAAGUAGAAUAUAGGAGAACUCUGCUUGUCAGCUUUCUUUUCAGAUUUUACCUGGAAGUGUUACAUGGUUUACAUCAGAUGUAUCCCUUCAGGUAUGCUGAGCUUUCACAGGAGAAGAUGAGUGCUUUGGGAAUGCUGCAAAGUGGUGUUCCCCAGGGUGUCCAGAUCUAUCAGGGUACAGAUGCACUCCUGGUCUUCAAGGUGUUGUGCAGAUCAGGCUGUCCUGACACAGCUGAAACAGGGAACACAGCUUUCAGCAAUGAAAGAGCUCAGCAGAAUUUAGUUAAACUGCCUGGUGGGCCUCAGUACAAAUAAAUGAAAUAACCUAC